GUUUGCGGGGGUGCACCCUCUGCACCUCGGCCUGGCUGCACCUGGCUGCCGUUACUCGCGCCCGGGAGCAGGCGUGCCCGGUUUCCAGGGCAAUGGGAUGACGAGAUGGCAGCGAGCAGCCGGCGCCUUCUCCUUUUGCUCGCCGCCCGAGCCCCCUUCACGAUAUUUUACACUGAAAAACAACAUCAUAUUCCCAGAAAUGAUUUCACGCUUUAAGCCGUGAACCGACGAUGAAUGACUAUCGCCUGGUAGCAAAGAUAGGCGAAGGGACAUUUUCAGAGGUCUGGAAGGCACAAAGCUUAAAAAAUGGGACCUACUACGCAUGUAAAAAGAUGAAACAGUAUAUCGAAAGCUUGGAGGAAGUGAACAAUCUACGUGAAAUUCAAGCUAUGCGCAGACUGAGCUUGCAUCCUAAUAUUCUUCAGUUACAUGAUGUGGCCUUUGAUAAAAAAUCUGGGUCUCUUGCUUUAAUAUGUGAACUCAUGGACAUGAAUAUCUAUGAGCUGAUACGAGGGCGAAGACACCCUUUACCCGAAAGUAAAAUAAAGAAUUAUAUGUAUCAGCUAUGUAAGUCCCUUGAUUACAUGCACAGAAAUGGAAUUUUUCACCGAGAUGUAAAACCAGAAAAUAUCUUAAUUAAGCAGAACUUGCUGAAGUUGGCAGAUUUUGGUUCCUGCAGGAGUAUCUUCUCAAAGCAGCCAUAUACAGAAUAUAUUUCCACCCGAUGGUAUCGAGCCCCAGAAUGCCUCCUUACCGAUGGGUACUACGGUUUCAAAAUGGACAUCUGGAGCACAGGCUGUGUUUUCUAUGAAAUAACCAGCCUACAGCCACUAUUUCCUGGUUCUAAUGAAGUUGACCAAAUUGCAAAAAUCCAUGCUGUUGUUGGCACUCCAAACUCUGAAACUCUGAGAAAGUUCAAACAAACACGGGCUAUGAGUUUUGACUUUCCCAAAACAAAGGGAACAGGAAUAUCAUGCCUCAUUCCUCACACUCACUCUGAGACUAUUUCAUUGAUGUAUGCAAUGAUAGAGUAUGACCCUGAAGAACGAAUCACUGCUAAGCAUGCAUUGCAGCAUCCAUAUUUUCACGACUUGAGGUUGGCAGAAAAACAAACCACUACUGUACACCGUACAGUUAAAUGCUUAGAAGGGAAUGAAAACAAUUUAAGCCCAGGUGUGGUUCAUAACCUAUGGAGAAUCCAUAAGGGACGGAAAAGGGGUAUCCCUAUACGACGUCGAAUCCCUGUGGAACUACCAAAGCUGAAUGUGCCAGCAACAACAAAGCAUGCUGGUUACCACAAUCAGACUUUAAAGCCAGUGUUUCCAACAGCAUCAAUGCCUGAAACUGCAACUCUACCUCAAGUCUCAUCUGUACAGUAUCUUGGAAAAAACAAGGAGAACCCAUUCAAUCUUUCUACUCUUCAACAUGAGAUUGUGUCAGUCAGGAAGAGCACCGAUGACCAGAGGUGAUUUAGUUUAGUGUCCAGAACAACGGAAAUCUACGACGAAAUGUUACAAUUAACCCUCUACUGAAAGAAAGAGAUGGCUACUGAGAACAAUUGCGAUUCAAGAGUAUUCAAUAACCAUUCCUUUUCACAAAAUUCUUGUAAUGUUUUUUAAAAAAUGUUGUAAAAGACCAUAUUUAAG